AUGACCUCAAACACCCACGCAUUAGAAGCCACUCAAUUUCAACUUCUUCUUCAGCUAAGAAAGCAUUUGGAGUACCCAAUUCAGUUAAACAAUUGGGAAAAUUACACUGGUGAUUUUUGUUACUUUCCUUCAACUCUUCAUGUCACCAUCAGAUGUGAAAACAACUCUCUUACCCAGAUCAAAAUCAUGGGAGAUAAAGAUAAGCUUUCAAAUGUCACUCUCUUUCAUGGGUUUGCAAUUCAAAAUCAAACAUUAUCCGACUCUUUCUCCAUUGAUUCUUUUGUUGUUACAUUAGGUAGAUUAUCGACAUUGAAGGUUCUUAGCUUAGUAUCCUUGGGAAUUUGGGGAAGACUUUCUGAUAAAAUCCAUCGACUCCAUUCACUUGAAGUCUUGGAUAUGAGCUCAAAUUUUUUGUUUGGUUCUGUCCCAAAUGAGAUUUCAAGAUUACAAAAGCUUCAUACUUUAACAUUAGAUGGAAAUUUCUUCAAUGAAUCUAUCCCUGACUGGUUCCAUUCCUUAUCAAAUCUUACCAUUUUGAGCUUAAAGAACAACAAAUUAACGGGUCGUUUUCCUUCUUCAAUUACCAAGAUCACAACAAUUACAGAUUUGUCUCUUUCACACAAUCAACUUUCUGGAGUGAUUACAGUUCUUCUAAGCAAUAACUCGUUUUCGGGUAACAUUCCUGCGGAAUUUGGAAAACUUAACCACCUUCAUCAUCUCGACCUGUCAUCCAACUCACUGAUCGGAACACCCCCAUCUGCUGUGUUCGUUUUGCCAAACAUCACCUAUCUCAAUCUAGCAUCCAAUAAGCUAAGUGGGUCUCUUCCGAAUUCAAUCAACUGUGGAAACAAAUUAGGGUUUGUUGAUAUUUCUAGCAAUAGGUUUACGGGUAAACUUCCUUCUUGUUUGGACACACUAUCUAGUAAUAAGCGAGUUGUGAAUUUCACUGGGAAUUGCUUGCUUGUGGGCAAUGGAAACCUAGAAUCUGAUUGCAAAAGACACAUGACAAAGAAACCAUAUUGGGGUAAAGUUUUAUGGAUUUUAAUUGUUGUCAUUUGUUCGGUGAUCUGCUUGGUAUCAUUCGGGAUCGUGCUCAUAAUCUUUCGCAAAAGAUAUCAUUCAAGACAGACAGUCACGCUACACCACACGAUAUCAAAAGAAACCGAAGACAUCGCGCCAACAGGGAUCAUAUCCGAAGUUGGGACACAAGUCGCUCCUUCAUGUCGAGUCUUUUCCAUGGAAGAAUUAGCAGAGGCUACAGAAAACUUUGAUCAAUCGGCAUUUAUGGGUGAAGGGUCUAUCGGAAAGCUUUACAGGGGAAGGUUAGAAAAUGGAGGCUAUGUUGCUAUACGAUCGCUAUCAUUAUUCAAAAGAUCUUCAAUUCGGAACUUGAAAGUCCGAUUGGAUUUGCUUUCAAAGCUUCGACACCCACAUUUAGUUAGCUUCUUGGGGUAUUGCAUUCACGAUGGUGGAGUAGAAGAUUCGAAUUCUAGCAGAAUCUUCCUGGUGUACGAGUACAUUCCUAAUGGAAACUUCCGAGCUUUUCUCUCAGAAAAUGGUCCAGAAAGAGUCCUGAAAUGGCCAGAUCGAUUAGCAGUUCUUAUAGGUGUGGCGAAAGCUGUACACUUUCUGCAUACAGGAGUGAUCCCUGCUUCUUCAAGUAAUCGUCUGAAGACAAACAACAUAUUGCUUGAUGAUUAUCAGAUUGCAAAGCUGAGUGACUAUGGAAUGUCAGUCAUCACUGGAGAGCUAGAACAGUUUGAGGCAAAGGGAGGAGAUGGACCCAAAUCAUGGCGUUUAAAGAAGUUGGCAGACGAUGUAUAUGAUUUUGGUUUCAUUCUACUUGAAGCGCUUGUUGGGCCUAUAGUAAGCGGAAAAGGGGAAGCAUUUUUGCUAAAUGAAAUGAAAUCAUUUGGAAGCCAGGAUGGAAGGCAGAGGAUUGUGGAUCCGAUGGUGUUAACAACAUGCUCUCAGGAGUCUUUAUCGAUUGUGAUAUCCAUCACAAACAAGUGCAUAUCACCAGAACCAACAAACAGGCCGUCAUUUGAGGAUGUGUUGUGGAACUUGCAGUAUGCAGCUCAAGUACAGUCAACGGCUGAUCUUGACCAGAAAUCAGAAGGUGCAUCACAGUGUUGAUUGUUUUUACCAGCAUCUGCAUCUGCAUCUGCGUUUUGUUGUAAAAUCAGAAACACGAUUGAUUUUUGAUCAAGAAGAAGAAAUAGGAGACCCAAACUUGAAGUAUUUAUUUUAUACUAAGCUAGAGCCCUGCUAAUUUACCUUAAGAAAUUUAAUUACUGAUUAAAAAGAAUUUUUUAAGUCUUAACAACUAAUUAUCAUAAAAUCUGGUUUACAAAUCAACAUCCCCUCGAAUUCCUAUUUUCCACUUCAGCUUGAUGAAGGCAUCAUCCUUCAAUAUUUAAGUGUAAAGGUUCCAUGAUUUAUUUCUUAUAUAAAACCCAC